UUCUUGUUGUAGCGAAUACUGUGAGAGGAGUUUGAAAAGAUGAAUUGUGACCAUGACGAGGAACAUGGCCAGUCACCAAUUGGAUCAAAAUCCAGCUUUCGUGAAGAUGACCCGCAAGUUCAUUCCGUUCCAAGUGUAUCAACUUUUCAAAACUCUGAGUCAUCUGACAAAAAAGACUUGAAAUCUACAAGAACGUGUCUAAAGGAUAAUGAACUCUCACCAACAGAUGAACUUUCUAGGAAGGAAAACUCAUGUCUUAUUUCUCCUCUUAGUAAAACGAAACCACUAGCAUUUGACGUGCAUAUCAAAGAAGUCCCAGCAGAUGUGAAAAAGCCACUUCAAGACGCACCUGGCAGAGACAUCAGUGAUGCUUUUCCUGUCUGCGUUCAGCUACCCGCAAACCACCUCAAAAACUCACAUAUCACCGCUUUUAAAGCAACACAACGUCAUCGCAAAAUCAGCCACUCCUCCACCUCCACAUCGAAAAGUCGUCUGAGCCUGAAAGCCCCUGCUGAAGACCUGUGUGCAUCCUUUCUGUUAGCGUGUUUGUUCUGCAAGUUUUGGGAUUGCUUGCUGGCCGUUGGUGAUGGUUGUCAAUUCUGCGUGGCCUCAAUCUGCACAUCCUUCUGCUCUCCAGCAUGUUGCUGCAACCCUUCCUCUCUGGAGGACUUCAUAGAUUUUUGCCAAUGUUGCAGCUGUGCCGAGUACGUGGAGGCGUGCGGCUGCAGUUGUGGAGAAAACACCUUCGACUGCUCCAUGUGCGACGUCUGUCUACAGACGGCCGAGUGUCUGGAGCUCGGCAUGGAACUCUCUCAGCUUCUGUUUCACUAGCUGCACACACAGUCUCACUGUCAUUCAUUUAUAUACUGGUCAUGACUAUCAGAUAAGGCUGGAAUGGAAUGUGCUGAUUUCACAAGCAUGUAAAUCUGCUGGUUGAUUGUGGCUAUGAUACUGCACGGCUGCAUUUGAUACUGCAUUUUCACACCUGAACUACAAUAUAUCAAAAUAUUCAAGUUUUUGUCCAGCUUAUUGCAAUUUGAGAGUAAACAUAAUUGGUCAAAUAAACUG